GAAAAAGUUGCUACCUGACCUUACCGACCAAACACCUCCACCACCUAUCCGAAAAAAAAAGCAAGCAAGCAAGCCAAACAUGUCAGCAGCACCCUCCCCACCCACCAACGGCGCCGCCGCUUCCGCAGCCGAAUCCCGCGAUCCCUCAGGUUUUCUGAGCGAAAUUAUCGGAGCGCCCGUCACUGUUAAGUUGAAUUCGGGCGUGGUCUACAAAGGAGAAUUACAAUCCGUGGAUGGAUAUAUGAAUAUUGCGUUGGAAGAUACCAAGGAAUUUGUGGAGGGGAAGAUGAGGAGGAAUUAUGGGGAUGCGUUUGUGAGGGGGAAUAAUGUCAUGUACAUUUCGGCAGAUGCGGCACAAUGAUUGGGGUGGAGAUGAAGAAGAUGAAGAUGAAGAUGUUAUUGCAGGAGUACCUGUGAGAGACGGGAGAUGGACUGGGCUUGGCAACUUCCCGUCUUGUGGUAUGGUUCAGUCAGGGCUGGUGAGAACAGAGGGCGCAGACCGCCUACUCGCUGAAAGCACGUUCCAAAGGUAAGAGGUAGUAAAAGCUACUACUACUACUACUACCUACCUAUACCGACUCGGAGGAUCUUCCGAACUCGCAAUACGAAUCACGCAGUACGAUCCACCUCAGGUCGCUG